AUUCUAGAAAAUAUGAAGCAAAACUACGACUUUUACGGUUAUUUCACAUCCAAUAUUAUGAUAUACAAAAUAGUAGGAUUUUGGAGACCUGACGAAGAUAUGAAAUUCAAGAAAUUAUAUAACUGUUACACCGCCUUCUGUACCUUAGCUUGGAUGGCAUUUUUAUUAUCCGAAAUAAUCUACAUUACUAACAACAGAAAAAAUGUUCAGGAAAUUACAGCUGCUUUAUAUGUGACAGGAACAUUCACCAUUGACUUUAUACAAAUGAUUUUCACUUACAAGAACAUGAAUCACUUGAAAAUAUUAAUGAAAGAAAUGAACAGGACCCUGUUCCAAGUAAAAUGCAGAGAACAUUAUCGUAUUGCUGAAAAUACCAAAAGGACAUAUAAUGUAUUAUUUAAAUCAUGUCUCUAUCUGGCACUUCUGACUGCUGUUUUCGUUAUGAUUGUGCCAUUAGUCGGGAAAGAAAGAGCAACUUCUAUAAAAGGAUGGUUUCCUUACGACUGGACUAAACCUCUGUAUUUCGCUUUAACUUAUAUUUUUCAAAAUUUGGUUUUUAUCUGGAAUGCGUUAAUAUGCUCAAAUUUUGCUACGUUUACCUCAGCUUUGCUGAUGCAAGUUGGCCUGCAGUGUGACCUGCUUUGCUGUACAUUAGAUUCUUUGGAUGAUUUCUAUACUGAAGACGACGUUCUGUAUGAAAUUAGUCUGGAAAAUAAGAAAAAAUUGAGGAAAGAUGAAGAAAGAUUCUCCGAAGCCAUGACAAAAAAUUUAGUGGUAUGCAUAGAGCAUCAUAGGCAAAUCAUGAGAGUUACCAAAAAUAUAGAACAAAUAUGUGGAACUUCUAUAUUUAUCCUUUUCAUUGGAGGUACGCUGAUUUUGUGUUCUUCGUUAUUCCAACUAUCUGUGGUUAAAGUUGGUAGCGUUGAGUCCGUCAUGCUCCUAUUGUAUUUAAUCUGUAUGAUUGUUGAUCAACUCUGCUAUAGCUGGUUUGGAAAUGAAGUAAUAUGCAAGAGUUCGUUAAUAUUACAGUCGGCUUAUAAAACACCCUGGGUGGAUUGUAACAUCAAAUUCCGAAAAAUAUUGUUACAGUUCAUGACUCAAACUUGUCAGCCGAUCAGCAUACUCACAGGAGGCCUGUUCACAAUGUCUGUGCAGGUUUUCGUAUCUAUAAUGCGAACAGCUUAUUCGUAUUUCACACUGCUCAAAAAUAUUCAAUGAGGCCUUAGGAAGAACCAAAAAUCACCAAGGAAAUAUAGUGCAGCUAUUUUAUUCACAAUAACAAUAUUCAUGUAGUUUAAACUGUAUUUAACACAUGUCAAAAAUGUUAAUUAGCAACGUU